AUGGAGGUCCCACAGAGACAAUUCACAAAGGAGGAAAUUAAUCGUUGUUAUCUUAGAUGGCAACAGUUGAGAAAUGAGCACGGAGAAAAUGCUCCUAAUAUUCCGGAAUUCUUGUAUUUCACAAGAGUAUUACGUCUUGCUGCGAAACAACAACAAGAUUUACAACAAAAACAACAACAGCAACAAGAACUACCUAAAAUGAAUACAGCCGACAACAAGGCUCCAACGCGAAAUGACAACUCCCAAGACCGUCGGUCUCCAAUUAAUCAAAUUGAUACGAAAGGUACAACCGAUUCUGAACAAUUGAAUGGAACUUUUGGAGCAUCAAAUAAUCACAGUCCUAUGAAUGGGAAUAUGAAUAACCAGCAAAUGCCGAAUAACAAUAAAGGUCGUAAUACAAAUAUCCCAAGCCCUAACCAAAAUCAAAUACAUGGGACUACCUCAACAAGCAAUGACAAUAAUAAUUAUAAUAAAUUUAAUAAUGCACCUAUCUCAUCUUUGUCACCGCAAGGGAAUACUGAAAACAUGAUGCAUAAUAAAUCGACCAUGCAAGGGCAACCUGCACUUCCCAAUGGUGAUAAUAGUACCCAGAAAAAUGAUACCAAAGGGAAAAACAUGCCUAACAAUCAAACACAAGGGAACUGGAUAAACCAGACUGACCAUACCCCUCAAAGUAUGUCAAAUAUGCCACCAUCCGAUCGUAAAUCCGAAUAUCGCAGAAGUUCAGAACAUAUGAAAAAUAUAUUUACACCCCAGCAAUCUAAUUUAUUAAAAGCACAAAUAAGUGCAUUAAAGUGUUUGGUGAAUCAACAAAAUGUUCCAUUUGAUUUUCAAUCAAUCAUUCAACAGUCGAUGAAUAACCCUCCUGAUUUCAGAAAAAUGUUAACCAGCCUGGGAGAUUUUGUGAGAGCCAAGAACAAAAUCACGUCGAGUGCUAGUUCGGAGAAUAAAGGUCAAACAAUCGGCACUAAUCAAUCACCUACAGUACCAUCACAACCUGUGAUUAAUCAGGCCAAUGCUCUACAAAAUGCCCAACCAUCACUACAAAUAAAAGAACCAGAGACUAAACCCACAAUUGGGAACAAUAUUAAUAAGCAAGAAACCAACGUCGUGGACACUAUUAGUGAUAAUAAUAUUAGAUCUAUAAAUGUUCCUACGGAUGUGAAGGAAAACAAAUCGAUUGAUACCACAAAUUUAGCAAAACAACAGGUUUCAGACUUGAAGACCGGAGCAACUCCAACAACUGUCGGAACACAAGUAAAUGCUGCACCAGUUGAAAUUUCCAAACCGAAAAGUCCUGUAUUUAUUGGAGACAAGGAACCUCCUAAACCUGCUGCUCCGAUCCCGUUAGCAGAUUUCCAAGCUCAAAAUCCAACUGCUCUAAAAGUCAAAGAUUACAAUAAUCCUACGAUAAUGGUAGAUUCAUAUUCUGUACCUCAACUUGAUGAUAAAGAAAUAAAUUAUAACUCCUUAUUUCCAAGUCUACAGGAACCAAAGUUAAGCAUUCAACCAGGUCUCUUACCGGAGGGUAUUGAUAUCCACAAUACAAUGGAAAUUUAUCAAACACUCAUUGCAUUAAAUCUUGAUACUGCUGUGGAUACUUUGUUAUCUGAUAUGCUAGACGAAAAUAUCGACGAUCCUCUCAAGAAAGAAAACUCCUUAUAUGAUUAUUAUGCUCUUCAAUUACUGCCGUUCCAGAAAGCAGUUAGAGGUCACGUAUUACAAUACGAAUGGUAUCAAAAUUCACUUCUAAAUAAUACACAUCCAAACUUUUUAUCUAAGAUCAGAAACAUCAAUAUUCAAGAUAGUAUGUUAACUAACGAAUUGUACAAGAAACAUGAACUGCAGCAAUACAAAAUCAAGAAAAAUAAGGAAGUGAUGAGACAGAAAAUGAUAACCGAUCAUUCAGUUUCAUCAUAUAAUGAACGUAAUGAAAAGAGACACAAAAAGUUGAAAUUUGGUCAUAGAGUAUUUAAUCUUCAUGGGAACUUGGAGAAGGAUGAACAAAAAAGACAAGAGCGUAAGGCCAAGGAACGUUUACAAGCUCUGAAGGCAAACGAUGAAGAAGCAUAUAUCAAAUUAUUGGAUCAAACGAAGGAUACUAGAAUUACACACCUUUUAAAGCAAACUAAUACCUUUUUAGAUUCUUUAACAAAAGCUGUCAAAGAUCAACAGAAGUACACUAAAGAAAUGAUUGAAUCACAUGUAAAAGAAGAUUCAGAAAACCCUGAUGAAUUGAAACCGGAUUUCAAUUCUGAUGAUGAACCUAUUGAUGAAGAAGAGCAACAAAAUAUUGAUUAUUAUAAUGUGGCCCAUAGAAUGAAGGAAGUUGUCACGAAGCAACCGUCUAUUUUAGUUGGAGGUACAUUGAAGGAAUAUCAAUUGAAAGGUUUACAAUGGAUGAUUUCAUUAUUUAAUAAUCAUUUAAAUGGUAUCCUAGCCGAUGAAAUGGGUCUUGGGAAAACUAUCCAAACAAUUUCAUUACUGACAUAUUUAUACGAAAUCAAGAAUGUGAAGGGUCCAUUUUUAGUUAUUGUUCCAUUAUCAACGUUAUCUAAUUGGAGUGGGGAAUUUGCUAAGUGGGCACCUGUGCUGACUACCAUCUCAUUCAAAGGUCCCCCAAAUGAAAGAAAAACUAUGCAAGCUGCAAUUAAAGCUGGCCAGUUCGAUGUCGUAUUGACAACCUUUGAAUACAUCAUCAAAGAAAGGGCACUUUUGUCCAAGAUCAAAUGGGUGCAUAUGAUUAUUGAUGAGGGUCACAGAAUGAAGAAUGCUCAAUCGAAAUUAUCACUUACAUUGAACACAUAUUACCAUUCCGACUAUAGAUUGAUUUUAACAGGUACACCUUUACAGAAUAACUUACCAGAACUUUGGGCUUUACUAAAUUUUGUUUUGCCAAAAAUUUUCAAUUCUGUGAAAUCGUUUGAUGAAUGGUUCAAUACACCUUUUGAAAACACUGGUGGUCAAGAUAAAAUUGAGUUGAGUGAAGAAGAGACUCUGCUGGUUAUCAGAAGAUUGCAUAAAGUCUUACGUCCCUUCUUACUACGUAGAUUGAAGAAGGACGUUGAGAAGGAUCUACCCGACAAGGUUGAAAGAGUCAUUAAAUGUAAGAUGAGUUCAUUACAAGAAAUUCUUUACCAACAAAUGUUAACUCAUCGUCGUCUAUUCAUUGGUGACACACAAAAUAAGAAGAUGGUAGGUCUACGUGGGUUUAAUAAUCAAAUUAUGCAAUUAAAGAAGAUUUGUAAUCAUCCUUUUGUUUUUGAAGAAGUUGAAGAUCAAGUCAAUCCAACAAGAGAGACAAAUCCAAACAUUUGGCGUGUAGCUGGUAAAUUUGAGCUAUUAGAACGUGUUCUUCCAAAACUGAAAGCUACAGGACAUAGAGUGUUAAUUUUCUUCCAAAUGACACAGAUUAUGGACAUUAUGGAAGAUUUCCUUCGUCUUAUUGAUAUAAAAUAUCUGAGAUUAGAUGGUCACACGAAGUCAGACGAACGUAGUUUGCUAUUAAAAUUAUUUAAUGCUCCAUCUUCGGAAUACUUCUGUUUCAUCUUAUCUACAAGGGCCGGUGGUCUGGGUUUAAACUUACAAACUGCCGAUACAGUCAUUAUUUUCGAUACUGAUUGGAAUCCUCAUCAGGAUUUACAAGCACAAGAUAGAGCGCACAGAAUCGGUCAGAAACAUGAGGUCCGUAUUUUGAGAUUAAUCACGGAACAUUCGGUAGAAGAGGCUAUUCUUGAGAGAGCUCAUAAAAAAUUAGAUAUUGAUGGUAAAGUUAUUCAAGCAGGUAAGUUCGAUAAUAAAUCCACAUCUGAAGAACAAGAGGCCUUGUUGAGGUCAUUGUUAGACGCAGAAGAAGAACGUAGAAAGAAAAUACAAGAUGGUACUGCCGUCGAUGAGGCUAUAGGUGAUAAAGAAUUAAACGCUUUACUUUCUAGAAGCCCAGAUGAAAUCGGAAUCUUUACUAAACUCGACGAAGAAAGAGGUGAAAAGGACAGACAGAAUGGUGUUACGUCCAGAUUAUUGGAAAAAUCAGAAUUACCUGAAAUUUAUAGUCAUGACAUCGGUGCAGAAUUAAAGCGUGUAGAAGAUGAACGUAAACAAGAAGCUGAUAACGCUGGUAGAGGUGCAAGAGAACAUAAACAAAUGAUAUAUUCGGACAAUGUUUCUGAAGAACAAUGGCUAAAACAAUUCGAAGUUAGUGAUAAUGAAGGUGAUGACGAUGAACAUGACGAACAUCGUUCUAGAAGAAGAAGAAAGUCCAAGUUAUUAAUGGAAGAUGGAGAUGAGGAUCUGGAUAAUAACGAAAAGAAUAAUGAUGAAUUUAAAAUAGAAAACGAUGAAACACAUAAUGAUGCUCCAACUGACACUAGUGAACCUUUUCAUAAAGAUGAACCUGAAGAAAUUCCAGAAUCAUUAAAACGUAAAGCUCCUAGACCUCGUGGCAGACCAAAGAAAAUCAGAGUCGAGGAACCUCCUACAGAUAGUGCUGUUACAGGUAAUAACACCGCUGGUGAAACCAGUUCAGAUGCAACAAACCCCAUUCAACCACAUACUGCAGGGAAGACAUCAAUAAAGUCGGCAAGAACCUCUUCUAGAGGUCGCGGACGUGGUCGCGGACGUGGAAGAGGUAGAGGACGUGGUCGUGGACGUGGCCGUCCUCCUAAGAUCCGUAACGGCUUAGAAUACGUUAGGGUUGCUGACGGUGAAAAGACAACUUUGGAAGAAAGAGAAAAGAUAAGUGAACAAGCAAGAGAGUUGUACAAAUACAUAUCUGAUUACACAGAUGAAAAUGAUAGACGACUAUCUGAUAUAUUUUUAGUGAAACCAUCAAGAUUGUUAUAUCCAGAUUACUAUCUCUUGAUCAAAUAUCCAUUAGGAUAUGAAGAUAUCAAUAACUUUAUCGAAACCUUCGCUUACAAUUCUAUGAAGGAAGUCAUUGAAGAUUUCCAUUUAAUUUAUGCCAAUGCAAGAAUAUAUAACACCGAGGAUUCAUUGAUUUACAAGGAUGCGCUGGAAUUAGAGGAACAUUUAAUUAAGAAAUAUCAAGAAUUGACCAGUGAUCCUGGACCAGUUGAUUUCACUGAAUUUAAUGAAAAAUAUUCUUCCAAUCCGUUAAUUGUACAACCAGUUGCUCCAACAGUGAUCUCUAAUGAACCCGAAGAAGAACAACAUCCCUCGUCUGCAAAUGAAUCUAAAGAGUGA